ACUCCCAACUCCCUGGCAAGAUCUAUCAGUAACCAGUUGACAUUAUAGUAUCCCCAUUCUCUACGAUUGUUGUGAUUUGAUCAACAGAAUGGCGAGCUUGGAUACUGUCCGUGUCAGACUUGCUCCAUUUUUCGUCCUCGCCGUCGCGUAUGUCGUCGCUUCCCCGCCGCCGUCGAUAAUCGCCAUCCUUCUUAAAUGCCUGCCGAUAGCCUGCCUCUGUGGGUUUGUAAUCACCGACACCCUGAGCCCCGUCCGACAUAGCAACUUAAUAUACAGAUAUAAUAUCGCCAUCAUCGCCGGACUCGUGCUCUCAGGCAUCGGCGAUGCAGCUUUGGUUUACGUCAACAACCACGAUUUAUUUGUCAUCGGGCUUCUGUUCUUCGCUCUGGCCCACCUUUCCUACAUCACAGCCUUCGGAUGUAGACCUGUCAACGUCAAGACCCUCCUCAUAUGCUUCACCUUAAUGUGCUUAGGAUACAGCAUGGUCUAUCAAGGACUUGUCAAGCAUAAUCUGGCGUCCCUCGGCGGUCUAUACUCGGUCCUAUUGAUGCUCAUGGGAUGGAGAGCACUUGCAGGAGCUCGGUUAACCGAUAACCGUUGGAGUUUGACUAAAAUGGCAGCACCUGUUGGAGCUAUUUUCUUCUGCAUAUCCGAUUUUGUUCUCGCAAUGAACCGAUUCUACACGCAAAUUCCCUCUUCCCAGAUGCUGGUUAUGUCAACAUACUACGCAGGACAGUUAGGCAUUGCUUUGUCAGUUCUUGAUCGAGAUUUUAAUACGUAAAACGCACUAAUGCGAUAUUUACAAUUCACAACGAUUUUCCAGCCUACUUUGUGUGACGUGGCCACGUAGGAGCUUUAUUUUAAUUGUGGGAGGGGGUUGACCUACAGUUGCACUAAUUUUUGAUCAAUCGAAUAAUAUAUUACACUCCGCAUAUUUCUCUUUUAUAUAUUUUGUUCUAUCUUUUUUUUUUCGCUAAGUGAAAAGUCUUGGGGUGGUUCCAAACCCUCUGUGGCGCCUCCCCUGACGACAGUGCUCAGUCGGGUGAAAGUACUUAUCACAGUAUCUUCAUAAUGUUAAUCUAUUCUAUUGUUUUAACCUUAAACUGAUUAAUUACUUAUUAAAUGAAUAAAUGAAACGGACUGCUUUCCAUUUUAUACCAUGGCCAAUGCGUGUGGUUGAAAACAGUCAUGGGAAAAUAGUUUUAUGAUGUAACACACUGUUAAUGAGUUGAAGCGGUUUCUCUAUCUGAAAUAUGUAGGCCGAUAGAUCUUUCUCUCCUAUAAAUUGUAAUUUUUAUUGAUAUAUUGUAUACAUAAUGGCUAUUGUGUUAUCUUUUAUUAAGUAUGCUUUGAAUGUUAAGGGAGCUGGGCUUGUACAAGGUCUGUUGACAUUACUUACGCAGUUUUCCCAUUUUAUUGUCUUUUUUGUCUUUGAUUCUGAAUACUUUAUUUUAUUACGUUUUGUAUUUUGUACUUUUCAAAUCGGAAAUGAAAAAAUAUAAAUUGAAUUGAACAUUUA